UUUCGGAAGUCGUUCCUAAGACUUUUCGGUGGUCGAAAUGUUGUCCGUGAGCAACUUUCUCAAGUGUAGUAGCGACGAUGGGAAAAGUGUUGUGGGAUCGAGCGAAAUUAGGGAAUCCAGCAGUGGUGUGUGCGGAAUAACUAAAUCCAGUGCAGUGAGUUCUAGCACAGUAGUUAAACCUAAUGGUACAAGUAACAUACAAGCCUCUAGGAUACCAAAGUGUGCCCGCUGUCGCAAUCAUGGUGUUAUAUCUGGACUCAGAGGACACAAGAAACACUGCGCUUACAGGAAUUGUCGAUGUGCGAAAUGUGAAUUGAUUCUAUCGCGACAGAAAAUAAUGGCAGCACAGGUUGCACUCAAAAGACAGCAGGCGGUAGAGGACGCAAUUGUUUUACGUUUGGCAUCUACUGAAAUGGGUACACAACUUGAGGCUCUUCCACCUGGAAAAAUCUACGGUAUGACUGUCACUGAGCCAUGCCCAUCACCUCAGCUGGGCUCCUCAUCUAUGGAUAUUACAUCGUCAACAUCAUCUACCUGUAGUGAGAAAGACUCUGUUCCUGGAUGCAGCCAAUCCACAUCUAUAGAUGACACCCAAAAUACACCAGUGUCGCAGAAUGCACUGGAUAUGUUAUCUCAACUUUUUCCGCAUCGAAAAAGAUCCGUGCUCGAGUUGAUUCUCAAGCGAUGUGAUUCGGAUCUUCUCAAAGCAAUAGAGCAAUGCAGUAAAAGUCCUCCAGCGAGUGCGUUCAGACCUCCAGUAUCUUCAGCAUCCAUCGUUGCGCAUCACCAGGUUCCUAUGACGCCUGCACAUCCCACAAGUUACGCACCGUUAAUUGCAUAUCCCAAAUGGUUGCUGCCCAUGUCGAUCCCGGUAUCGAUGGGACAAAUUGCACCUAACUUGGCACCUCGAUGUACUCUCCCGAAUUGUUUACUAUGCGUGCAUCAUCCCGUUUAAAACGUGAAAAUCUAAUUAUAGAAUUUAUAAUUUAGAAAGCAAAUUAAGUGUUCUCAUCAACCUCUGUUAUUUCUGUUGAUAGGUUAGAAUUAUGCAGAAUUAUGUAGUUCAUCGCUUAAUGUACUGAAAUAUUAAUUUAGAAACUAAUGGUGGACCUUAGAGUCAAGAUAUUACGCUCAUUGGAACAACUUUCGUGUUGAUAAUAAACUUUUAAUAGUUAAUGUAAAUAGAUAUGGGUGCAUUUGACCUAACCGCGAAUUUCUACUAGUAAUAGCGUUAUAAUAAUUACGAAAAACAAUUCUCCGAAAACAUAUAGCAACUACAUCUGUUGUGUGUCUGUGAAACCAAGUGUUAUUAAAUAAUCACAAUUUAAGAAUAGACAGUGAAGGACUGUUAAGGUUGAAUUGAUUACGCGAUGCCUAAAGAUUGAGUCACAUUAUACAGGAAAAUACCGAAGCCGGGAAUCAUAAUCUUGGCAUAAUCUUGGCUUUAUGUCUCUUUCUGUUGAAAAAAAUAUGAUGAAUCGAAAAGAACUACAAACAUUUUUCUCCGUGGGUAAUUCAUGGGUGGGUGUAGUAUAUAUAGUAUAUUUUGUGGA